UCUGAUCAAAAUAUUGUGGUUACAGAAAUGAAAUUUACCACAUUUAUAGGCCUAAUUUGCCUUUUGGGAUGCUACCAGUGUCUGAGAAAUUUCAAAAUUGUCCAGGAGAAUGUGAAAGUUGAUAUCAAGGCUCCGGAUAUUAUUGAGAAUGCGGAAAUUUUCAUCAGGAAACUCAAUAGAACUUUCGACGGAUUGAAUUCAACGGCAACUUUUAAAGUCGAUCUCAAUGAUAGCAUUUACAUAUCGGCAAAAAGCUUCGAGAAACGUGGAAAUCGCUACCAUCCAAGUAUAAUGGACACUAAAUUGGAUUUCUGUGCAUUCCUCAAGAAUCCAGCAAAGCAUAGCCUCGUCCUGGCCCUUUUCUAUCCCACUGUUAUAGAGCAUGGAAACUUUCCCCGCAAAUGUCCCAUUCCUGCUGGCUACUACUACAUCUACAACUUCAAUGUGAAUGAAGAAGCUUUUCCACCCUAUUUCCCCAUCGAUUCCCGGUGGCGCUUUGUCAUGUCUGUCUUUCACCAUGAGCGUCCGCUUUUCAUCACUACAAUUGGCUUUCGCGUGGAUCCCAAAAAUUUCUGGGAUUAAGUCUUACC